AAUGCUAAUUUCUGCCAAGCAAUCCAUCCCAACAAUAGCUAAAAAGAUGGCAUUCUCCAGCCUUGCACUCGCUUUGAUGUGUGUCAUGGGUCUAGCCCUGGCUCAUCUUACCCAAGCCCAAAACUCCCCCCAAGACUUCCUCGCCGCUCACAAUGCGGCACGCGCACAGGUCGGCGUGGGCCCCAUGACAUGGGACCCCUCUGUGGAGGCCUUCGCUAGGAACUACGCUAAUCAGCGGAUUAUUGCCAAUUGCCAGCUUGCCCACUCAGGUGGGCCCUACGGUGAGAACAUCUUCGGAGGUUCCGGGGCCGAGUUCACAGCCACUGAUGCUGUCAACUCGUGGGUCGGCGAGAAACAGGACUAUAACUAUGACACAAACACGUGUGCAAGCGGAAAGGAGUGCAGACACUACACUCAGGUAGUGUGGCGUAACUCUGUCCGACUCGGUUGUGCACGUGUGAAGUGCAACAGUGGUGCAAUUUUCAUCACUUGCAACUACGACCCUCGUGGCAAUAUCAAUGGGCAAAAGCCUUACUAGAGCUCUAUAAUCCAUAUUAUUAUAAUUCCAAUCUUCAUGUCACUCUAUUAA